GGCACAGCUGUUUUUAAAAAUGAUAAGUAAAACUAGAUUUUCAGCAUCAUCGCUGAUUAGAAUCGCCCGUGUCCGCAGCACCUUACAUAAUGGCCAAGCGAGACACCUGGAAGCAGAUGCGCCAGAUCUUUGGCCAGGCGGUGGAGGCAGUGCACCCAGAGCGAAUAUUCGCCGACUACCAAAAGUUUGACUUGCGGGCAGUAGUCGGUGAGAACCCUAGGGAAAUCUCCAUAAAACUGGAUGGAGCAAAGCAGGAUAUCAGCGGGAAGACCUGCCACAUCGUGGGCUUUGGAAAGGCUGUCCUGGGAAUGGCCAACAAGGUGCAUCAGGAUCUGGGCACUCGCUCUGCUGGCGGAGUGCUAAGUGUGCCGGUGAACACCCUAAAGCAGUUCCAACAACCCAUUGCAACGGGUUUGCGGAUUCACGAGGGAGCAGCCGGAAAUCUGCCUGAUGAGGCUGCUCUGCAGGCUGCCCAGGAAAUCCGUCAGCUGGCCCAGAAGAUGACCUACCAGGACAUCCUCUUUGUUUUCAUCUCUGGCGGCGGUUCGGCUCUCUUGCCCUUGCCCCGUCCACCUUUGACCUUGGAGGACAAGCGCAAUAUUGCUGAUAAACUAAUGAAGCGCGGAGCCAGCAUCCAGGAGAUCAAUGCCGUGAGGAUUGCCUGUUCGGACAUCAAGGGCGGUCGCCUGGCUAGGAUUGCCGGCCAGGCGGGUCUCCUUGUGACCUUUGUGCUCAGCGAUAUUAUCGGAGAUCCCCUAGAGCUAAUAGCGUGUGGUCCCACCAUUCAACCGGUGGUUGGAGCGUCCCCUUCGGACAUUCUCAAGAAGCAUCAGGUGUGGGAGGAGCUCUCACCGUCGAUACAAAAGGUGUUUGAGCCGCCAGAGGAACUGGACAAUCAAUUGCUACCCAAUCACAAGAUCUUUGUGGUGGGCAGCAAUGUGAUAGCCACCUCGACAGCCGCCUUGGAGGCCGAAAAACUGGGCUACAUUCCCUGCGUGCUCAGUUGUGGCGUUCAGGGGGAUGUUUCCCAAGUGGCUGGCGACUAUCAGAGGUUACUACAUGGCAUCCAGGAGGCCAAGCAGCAGGGAAUACGAGAUGCGCAGCUCCGGGAGAAGUAUGCCUUUGGUGAGAGAAGUUUUCCGGGAUUCCGAAGGGCCCUGGAAGAUCAUCUAAGCAGCAAGAAGCCGCUUUUCCUGAUCUGCGGAGGCGAGCCAGUCAUCAAAGUAACUGGCCAGGGAUUGGGUGGCCGCAGUCAGCACCUGGCUUUGCUCAUGUCGCAGACUCUGCACCGCGACGAAUCCCUGAGGGAUUGCACCUUUCUGAGCGCCGGAACCGAUGGCAUCGAUGGACCCACCGAUGCAGCCGGUGCCAUUGGAGACAGCAGCGUGGUGGAGAGCUACUUAGCCGAUCACACCCUGGAUGAGCUGGCCGAAACGCUGCGUAACUGCGACAGCUACAACUUCUACAAGAAUCUCGCGCAGGGCGAGCACCAUGUGCUCACUGGACACACGGGCACCAAUGUAAUGGAUCUGCAUUUCCUGGUCGUGCCUUAGUUUUCAACGCCCCCGCCCAUAAAUACACAGAUACAUAACAUAUAACGCAUAGAUGUGGGGCAGUUCGUUAAUGGAGCUGCUCUUGAACCGCAGACGACCGCAGGCAAUAGUCGUUUAAAUUUGUUUUUACGAUUUUCCUCUUUAAUUUUGCUCUAUGAAAUUUUAACGACUUUUUUCAUUAACAUUUUUAAUAACCAUUGAAAUUCAAAUAUUUUGUGAUCUUUAUGCUCUGAGACAGUC